CUGCUGUCGGUUAUGGAUGCUCCAGAGUCUUGUGGUUAUGAAGUGAACCCUUUGACUAACACCUUGGCUGUACCCUUUACCGGGUGCCAUGUGAAACGGAGUGACCGCUACAGCCUGCAGUUGUUGUACGUCAACGCGUUUGAUCAGACACAAGUUGCUACCGCAUCUUGUGAGAGAAGCCCGAAGGUUGACCCAGGCGUAUUUCCUCGCUCCAGUGGCCAAUCCUAUCCCACAUUUAAGCGCAUUGAGCCAAUCCGAGCGCAGCCCCAACGGCCUGCAUGUCCGCAACGGCCUGGCUCGCACCAAGAACCUUCAUUGCCUCUAGGGCCUGGGUCACCACAAGGGCCUGGCUCGCCGCAAGGGCCUUCUUACCCGCAACAGCCUGGCUCACCCCUAGGGCCUGGCUCGCCCCAAGAACCUUCAUUGCCCCUAGGGCCUGGCUCGCCCCAACAGCCUGGGUCACCCCUAGGGCCUGGCUCGCCCCAAGGGCCUUCAUCCCCACAAGAACCUUCUUUGCCCCUGGGGCCUGGGUCGCCCCAAGGGCCCCAACAGCCUGGGUCACCCCAAGAACCUUCAUUGCCCCUAGGGCCUGGGUCACCCCAAGAACCUUCAUUGCCCCUAGGGCCUGGGUCACCCCAAGAACCUUCAUUGCCCCUA